AUGGCAGGGCCGGGCGGCGAGGGGGACCUGCGGCGCCUGCUGAAGCUGCACCGCACCGAGAUUGCCAUGGCGGUGGACGACAUCUUCCCGCUGCUGCACGGCUUGGCUGACCACGACGUUGUUCCCGAACACAUCUUCAAGGAGACGCUGAGCCGGACGGAGCGGGAGGGCUCCCACCGUGCCUUCCAUGCGCUGCUCACCUGGCUGCUGGGCCGAGAUGCUGCUGCCGUCCGGAACUUCUGGGAAGUCCUCUUCAAGGACUACAACCUGGAGCGGUACACGCGGCUCCGGCCCCUCCGCGGCGCCUUCCCCAGAGGCAAGAGGAGAGCCCCUGAGGAGCGGGACGGAGCCCGGGUGGUGCAGCCCUCCCCACGGCACACCGCCAGCCCCGGGCCCCUGGUGAAGGUGAGGACUGUGAAGAAGCCGGAGGGUGUGGAUGCCCCUCGCACCCCCCGCGGUGCUGGCAGCUCCAAGAUGGGCAGCAAAGCUGGGGAUGAGCUGUAUGCUGCAGCUGCCUGUGAGGAGCCGGGUGCCAGGAGCAGAAGCCGCAGCCUGAGGCCCCCUCCCUGGCCCAAGGCAUCCCAAAGUAGUGGGGAGCUCCGAGUCCACUCCCAGGGUGCUGACACCCACCAGCUGCUGACACCCACCGUGCACAGCCAGGAUGCUGUGCCCGACCAGGAGAACGAGGAUGAGUGUGCGGUGUGCGGUGAUGGUGGUGAGCUCAUCUGCUGUGAUGGCUGCCCCAGGGCCUUCCACCUCGCCUGCCUGGUGCCCCCACUGCCCCGCGUCCCCAGUGGGACAUGGCAGUGCGGCUCCUGUGUGGCGACUGUGGCUGAGUCAAGCAGGCUGCAGGAGGUGAAUGCAGCUGUGGAGCGAACCCCCAGCACCCUGGGGGAGGAGACCUGUGGACCCCAGUGCAGUGGAGGUGAUGGGAGUGUUUGCAGCCGCUGCUUCACCCAGAUCCCCACACCCCGACACUGCUCUGCACCCAGCAGGGACCCCAGGGGGCUGCUGCUGUGCCCGUCCUGCACGACCACCACAGACACAGGCAGGCUGGAGAGCACCACAGUGGCCAGCAGCCACCCACUACAGGCAGCAAAGGUGACAGAACCCAGUCGACCAGCCCUGACCCAAAGGGCUGCAGGCAGGAAAGCUGACAGGACAUGUCUCCUCCUGCAGGCAGAAAAUGGCUCCCUCGGCAGCGACCCUGUGCUGAGCAGGGAGGAGCUUGACGCCCUCCUGGGUGAGGGCGCCUGGGACGGGAUCCUGCAGUGGGCAUUCCAGAGCAUGGCACGGCCCCUCGCAGACAACCACGGGCUCUUCACCUAG